AUGGAAACCAUGCUUUUUGAACCCCCUCCUCUUUCUCUUCACCUCCCCUCACUUUCUUCACCCACCGCCAAUUUCACAACACGCACAUUCAUCCCCUUUCCCCUUCGUAACAAUCACACUUCUUUCAAAUCACUCGCUCACACUUCCAGUUCUUCACACACCGAUCCCAUUGAAGAUAAUCAACAAUCUCAAUCUCCCAAAUCUGUUUACUCUCCUACACCUCCCAAUCGAAAGCUUCGAACUCCUCACAGCGGGUAUCACUUUGAUGGAACUGCUCGGAAAUUCUUUGAGGGUUGGUACUUCAAAGUUUCCAUUCCGGAAAAAAGGCAAAGCUUUUGCUUUAUGUAUUCUGUUGAGAAUCCUGCCUUUCGCAAACCGUUGACGACUUUCGAAUUGGCUCAAUAUGGACCUAGGUUUACUGGUGUUGGGGCCCAAAUUCUUGGUGCUGAUGAUAAAUAUAUUUGCCAAUUCACUCCGGAAUCACACAACUUCUGGGGAAGUAGGAAUGAACUGAUGCUGGGUAACACUUUUGCGGCAAAACCAAAUUCGAAACCUCCAAACAAGGAGGUUCAUCCUAAGGAAUUUAAUGAUAGAGUAUUGGAAGGUUUUCAAGUCACUCCUCUUUGGCAUCAAGGUUCCAUUUGCGAUGACGGAAGGUCGGAUUACGUAGAAACAGUAAAGUCGGCUAGCUGGGAGUAUAGUACACGUCCUGUAUAUGGUUGGGGUGAUGUCGGGUCCACACAAAAGUCAACUGCUGGCUGGCUUGCAGCUUUUCCUGUUUUUGAACCGCAUUGGCAAAUAUGCAUGGGCGGUGGACUUUCAACAGGUUGGAUAGAGUGGGAUGGCGAGAGGAUUGAGUUUGAAAAUGCCCCAUCUUAUUCAGAAAAGAACUGGGGUGGAGCAUUCCCGAGAAAAUGGUUUUGGGCUCAGUGUAAUGUUUUUGAAGGUGCUAGUGGAGAAGUUGCACUUACAGCAGCAGGCGGAUUGAGACAAAUUCCCGGAUUAACUGAGACAUUUGAAAACGCUGCAUUGAUUGGAGUUCACUUUGGUGGAAAGUUUUAUGAAUUUGUGCCUUGGAAUGGUGUUGUAACCUGGGAAGUUGCUACAUGGGGUUAUUGGUUUAUGUCCGCAGACAACGGCAAUCAUGUGGUUGAAUUAGAAGCAACAGCAGAUGAUCCAGGUACUACAUUGCGUGCUCCAACAUCCGAAGCUGGCCUUUCGCAAGCUUGUAAAGACACAUGCUUUGGAAAUCUAAAAUUAAAGUUGUGGGAACGAAGAUACGAUGGCAGCAAGGGAAAGAUUAUAUUGGACGUUAAAAGUGACAUGGCAGCUCUAGAGGUUGGAGGAGGUCCAUGGUUUAACACAUGGAAGGGAAAGACAUCAACUCCACCUGUUAUUCAGCGGGCUAUUGGUUUGCCUAUUGAUGUCGAUAGCAUCUAUAAUCUGUUUCCUCUGUUUAAACCACCUGGGUUGUAG